ACUAACUGGUAGCGUUAUUGUUCAUCGAUAGAAAAUUCGGUCACUAUAAACGAUAACCUUUAUACAACUUCCAAUGAAUUUCUUGGAGAUGAUGCCUUUAAGAACCGAACUGAAUUGCUUUUGAUAUUGUUUUCGUGAGUCCUGGUAGCCGGGAUCAGUUAAUUCAUUCCGCAAUUUAGCUAGUUAAAGUUUUAUUAGUCAAAGCGCAGUGCUUCAGGAUUGUCCCACAAACGUUUUUUUUUUGCUGUGGCUUACUAUUAUGUGAUUUUUGUUUCUUUCACCUUUCCUUCAAUAAUGUUGUGAAAAAGUGUCACGAAAUAUGGAAUAUGGAAUUUUAUUCUGGCUAUUAUUGUUUCUGCACUGGACGGAUACGAAAAUUUGCAAACAAGAGAAAAAAUGCCAGGUGACUCGCGUUUAUGGACUUAAGACGGCAGAUUGUUAUAAAAUGGACAUGAAAGAAUUUCCCAAAUGUUUAGCUUCUGACAUUGAGGUAAUCGAGUUGUCGUACAACAGAAUAAGAAAAUUGAACAAAGGUGAUUUAAGCAACUAUGGAUACGUGAAACAUCUGUACUUAACGGACAAUUUGAUCAUGAACUUGGAAGGCGAAUGUUUCAAAGAUCUUAAUUAUUUAGAGACGUUAGACCUGUCCCUUAAUGCCAUUAGGAACGUUCCGCCCGCCAUUUUCCAACUGCCAUCUUUGAAAACGCUUUACUUAAGCCAGAAUUUGAAUAUAAAUAUUGCCGAAACAAUUGAAAAGGCCAAACCUAUAUCUAGUCCAUUGAGCAAACUGGAUUUUAGUUUUAUUACAGAACGGGAAGACAUUGUGGACUUUCCAGAUUUUGGGGAAAUGCCAUUUCUAGCUUUUCUCAAUAUUACCGGAAAUCAUUUUUCUUACAUCUCGCCGCGACAUUUUGCCGGAAUGUGUAAUUUGCAAAUAUUAGCCAAUGAAAACGUUACCAACGAAUUUGAAGACAACUGCGAUUGUUGGCGCAUUAACAAUUGGUUGCUUACAAAAAAUGUAAAAUUUACUUUAUUUCCUUGCGUAAUUUCAGCAGAAGAGUGUUUGGAUCAUGAGUUAAGCAAUGAAGAUGAGGAACUACACAAAAAUUGCCUGUUGAAAUUGAAAGAUAUCGAAAAGACCGCCUUAAUGAGUAAAAUAGGUAUUGGAAUCGGUUCUUGCAUUGGAAUUGUUUUGCUUGUUCUUUUGCUGAUAUUCUAUAGAAGUUUAAAGCGGAAAUACAUGGACAAUCGUAAGUCAAAAGUAAGCUGUCAACUUUCUGAAACAGCAAAACCGUUAAAUACUGAACCUAAAUUGUAAAAAUAUUGGAAGAUUUAUUCGCAAAUUGUGAUAUUAUGCUAAGUAGAGUAUAGAAUUUAUAAUAUUUGUUGUGUUCAAAAAUACUAAUUAUAUGUAUAUGUUAAUUGAAGUAUUUAAUUUUUAUAAUAAGUGAUUUGCUUUUAUUAAGUUUUUAUAACUUACGUGUAUUUUUAUUUUUCAUAAAUUCCAUACAAAUUUUUUAUUUGUUUAUUAAUUAUCUUAUGGGGUAAAAUGUUACCAGCGUUUCUAAUUUUUCAA